AUGCCUUCCAAAACUCUGACUGGUGUUUGGGCCGGCUUGGACCUUGCCCUGUUGCUCGCCGCCGCCAUCUGCAUCGGCUUCUCAGUCGUCUGGCGUGCUCCCGACUUGCUCCGAGACCUCGUCAUCUCAGACACCGAUCUCAACGCCGGUCUCGGUCUCGGCAUCAUGUUCGCCAUCACAUUUGUCAUCUCCAUAGCCGCUAUUCUUACCCCCAAGGCCACCACCGGCGGACUCAAGUCCCUGAACUGGGUUCUCAUCGCCGACUCGGUCGCGACUGUCAUCAUCGGCAGCAUCGUCUGGUUCUACACUCUUGAGGAAAGGAAGAACUUUAGUGAGGUCUGGGGAGAGCAGAACCAGAUCACCCUCGGCCGUAUCCAGGAGCAGUUCCAGUGCUGUGGCUACUACAACGGCACCGACCGGGCCGUUAACACUGGCAUUUGCGCCAGCGAGACAUUUGCUCUCAACUCGACCGGAUGCGUCGGAGCCGUCACCAACUUUGCGGACUACACCCUCAAUAAUGUUUUCACCUCGAUCUACGGAUUCCAGGCGAUCAUUAUUGCGCUCUUUUUGGCUACGAUGUGCAUUAUCAACAAGCGCGUCGAAGAAGAACGGUUCCGCAAGAUCGACGCCAAGCGUGGUGGCCGUGGUUUCGUAUAA